UAUGCCCCUGCUCGGCUUGGCAGCAUUCUGCAAUUCCAAUCCCUUCUCUGUGUAUUUUCCAGACAGGCCGUUGCCUCUGAAAGGAGAGAUUCCCCCAGGCUUUCCCUCUUCACCCCGGGAGGCUCCCCAAGUGUCGUGUCUUGACCGACUGCAGACAGGUCACCUCUGGAGGACGCAAAGCAAUCGGUGUGGAAUCAUCCACCCCGGCGCGCCGCCAGGCGCGCCCUGGUGGUGAUCAGGGGACGGCGCGUCCUCCUGGGGCUCCCCGAGACCCUCCCGAGCUGCCUGCCAAAGCCUUUGGAAGAGGAUGCACACUUCGGCGAAGUUGUUUUCUCUUUUCUUCCGGCCGCCUCCAGCGAGCUGUCCCCGCCUCCCGGCGUCCCUCCUUCCGCGCCCUCCUCCUCCUCCUCCCCCCAGCCUCCCCAAUCCCCGAGUCUGGAGCUUGCAUGGUACGUUCCGCACGUGAGCCGGGUGCUGGUCUGGCUGGCGACGCGCGUGCCCUGUGGCCAAACAACUGAUCAGUGAAUGCAAACUACCAGCACAGUGUGCGAGUUGCAUGAGUGGAAGAGACAGAAGCAGAAAGAGAAAGGGAUCGAGGAGAGGAGAAACUGCUGCUGCCGCCGCCGCCGCCGCCGCCGCCGCCACACGCCCUCCUUUCCCCCCGCAACUACACAAGACACGAGCGGGCUGUAUGUGCCACCGUUUUGGCCCAGGAUCUUCAAAGACGAGGCAUCAACACCCCACAGGUUCCAUUAACAGAAACAACAACAAAGGCUUUUGCCAGACAUGGAUGAAGGGAUCCCUCGUUUGCAGGAAAGGCAGUUACUGGAGCAUCGGGACUUCAUAGGGUAAGACUGGAUUAUCCAUCCUUGUAUAUGUGCAAGCCCAAGAGAGGCAUGAAGAGAGACGAGAGCAAGGAAACAUACAAACUGCCACAUCGAUUGAUAGAGAAGAAAAGGAGAGACAGGAUUAAUGAGUGCAUUGCUCAGCUGAAAGAUUUGCUACCUGAGCAUCUGAAACUGACGACCCUGGGGCAUCUAGAGAAAGCUGUUGUUUUAGAAUUAACAUUGAAACACUUAAAAGCUUUAACAGCCUUAACAGAGCAACAGCACCAGAAGAUAAUUGCUUUACAGAGUGGGGAGAGAUCUCUGAAGUCUCCUCUGCAGUCUGACCUGGAUGCUUUUCAUUCGGGAUUCCAAACCUGCACCAAAGAAGUCUUGCAAUACCUCUCCAGGUUUGAAAGCUGGACGCCCAGGGAGCAGCGAUGUGCCCAGCUCAUCAACCACCUGCACGCGGUUUGCACGCGGUUCCUUCCCAGCCCCCAGCUGUUGACUCCAAAGAUUUGUGGGAGCAAAGGCGCAUGCUCCACCUCCUCCACUUUGUGCGGGCAGCAAGAUCACGGGAGCCCAAAGCUGGAGAGCCAGCCCAACUGCGUGCCGGUCAUCCAGAGGACCCAGAACAGUAAUAACAACAACAACAACAACAACACCCCCCAUCAGGCUAACAGUAGCCUGGAGCUUGGCGGGGAGAAUGACACCGACACCGACAGUGGCUACGGCGGGGAGAGUGAGGGGAGGCCAGAUGGUGAGAAAAGCCAAGGCAACGUGAGGAUCAAGCAGGAGCCCUCUGGGGAGGAGGCACCCCCAGUGGCCAAACGGCUGAAGCUGGGUUGCAGCAGCAGCAGCAGCCCCUCUGCAGUGCUGAGCCCAGACCAAGCAGCGGCUGCCCUGGGGAGACCUGACCCAGCUCUGCUCAGCUCCCUGAUGGCUUUCGGAGGUUUGGGAGGAGGGGCUGGGGGAGGGGGCUCUGCCUUCGGACAGCAACCCACCGCUCCCUUCUGCCUCCCAUUCUACUUCAUCUCCCCCUCCGCAGCUGCCGCCUACAUGCAGCCCUUCCUGGACAAGAACCACCUGGAGAAGUAUCUGUACCCAGCUGCUGCUUCUGCUCCCAUUCCCUUGAUCUACCCAGGGAUCCCAGCUCAGGCUGCUGCCGCCGCCGCCGCAGCUGCCGCCGCCGCCGCCUUCCCCUGCCUCUCCUCAGUGUUGGCACCAGGAGAGAAAGCCGGUCCAGCUCCAGUGACCUCCACCGCCCUCCUCCCUCCCGACCUGGCUUCACCUGCUCAGCAUCCUCCCCAUCCGUUUUCUUGCAGCCCCGCUGGGCUCACCUCGGACUUGGAUCUGCCUCCCCAAGAAAAGCCUUUGCCGCCAGGAAAGGAAACCCCUUGAGAAUACCAUACACAGUAUUGAGAAAAGAAACCACAGGGCCCAUACUUCCUGCUUUAAGAGGAAGGCUUUGUCCUUUGCGAGAAUGAUAAGCAAACCUCUCCCACUCUCUUCAUCAUUUUAAGGGAGAAUUCAGUAUAGGUUAUGGAUAUUGGCUCUUUUCGUCCAAGAAAGUUUUUUCUCCCACCCACCCCUCAAAAUGUUUUUCGGAGCGCUCCUUUGUCAUCUCCCCCCCCCAACCCCCACAUUUUCAUACCUUAUAAGAAAUUACGCAUUCAUACAUCUUGUCCACACUGUAGAUCCACUCCCCCCCCCCCGCCACCACCUCCACAUUUGGACUGAAUCAAAUGGAAAUACUCCUUUAGAGAAAAAAGUUGGACUUGCUUUGUAAGACAAAGCUUUUAAAAUAGGAGGUCCAUGGAAGGUGUGGUGGGAGGAACAUAUAGUAUCUUGAACUGGAUGGGCAAGAUGUGGGCUACUAUGCUGAUUACAGGCACUUUAGGCAUCUGUAUUAUCAGUAAUAAUAUUAAUAUAAUAUUAUUAUGCAUAGAGAUAGUCAAAAUGGAACUGUCUGAAAAGAGCACAUCUCGGCUGAAAGUUCUCCUGUGCAAGCCUUAGUGACAUUAAUAUAAGUUGUGCAAGAGUACCACCCCUAUUCAUGUCUGUGGGGUUCAUGUUGCAGAAUAAUUUCCAGAUGGAUUGUGCCGACAGCAGGGAAGACGUUGGCAUAAAGUGCCUCCUGCUCCAGAGUUACAUCCACUACAGGCUGUGAUUGUGAGAACGCUUGCUUGGAAGCCAGUUCAACCAUGAUCCAAGGAUCUGGGUUCUCCCAAGGCAACAUAUGCCAGACUGCAGUCCAAAUGAUGAUGACUAUGGAUAUUUAUAUCCUGCGGGUUUGUAUAUUUAUAUAUGAACCCACUUACAUAGGAAUAAUCCCAUUGACGCCUGUGCCACUACUUUGGAGUAAAUUGAGAAUGGCAGCCUGGGAAUCCUAGCUAGUCUAUUAAUGACAAUUUGAUUAGUGGCUGCACACAGGAGCCAUUGGGCACAACCCAGGAAAAGUCUGAGGCAUCUAAGCUGCACUUAAGCCAUUCAGAGUAGGACUAAGUUUGAUGCUGGCAAAAGCCAACUGUCUGAUCCAAAUGGUGUUUUCAUUCAGAGGCUAGGAACCAUUCAGAGAGUUGGACUUCCAAGUCUGUGUGCUUAGAACUGCACCCUCCAGUGCUUGUGCUGCACAGCCUGAUCCAAAGGAUGUUUGCUCCAAAGUGAGUCCAGUAGGACUCCUUAGAGAAGUGUGUGUAGGAGUGCAGCCCAGUACUGCCAGUUUUAAGCCUGCCUAACUUUUUCUGGAUACUACUUGAUGUGCUGAAUGAGACAGAGAGCAAAAAAAAAAAAAAAAAAAGGAAAAGAGCCACUUUCUGCUAAGAGAAAAAAAUGAUAGGUGUACAUCUUAUUUUGCAGUGGCUUUUAGAUGAGAGCGUCUCCGAAAUUCCAUUUGCACUUGUUUGGAGGAUUGAAUUAGCCAGUUUCUGAAAUGGUGGAGAGUUGCGGGGGAGAGAGAGAAGGUGAAAAGAGCCUUUACGUUCUACGCUAGCACUUUAUUGAGAAACGGACCAUGAAUGAAUUUGACCUUGUCCAGUUUUUUUAUUGUCUUGCAUACUUAGAGGUACCCUUGGUGUUGAUUCAGAAGUUUUGAGUCUCCAGGAAUUGAAGAAUUGUCCCACAAUGUAAUCCGCCCCCCCUCAAAGCAAGUGUGUUUGUCCUCAUCUUACUGUUUUGUCUUUUGUGCCCCUUAUUUUAAAUUACCUUGUUGUAUAGAAAGGAACAUCACACUGAACUAAAAAACCCCAAUGUGACAUCCCACACUAAUCUAACCAUCAAUUAUAUCCCAAAGAAAGAAGAGAGUGCUAACUUUUUAACUGGCUCUGCUCCUGUGCCUUUAACAGCAGGCUAAACAUGCAAAGCCCCAAGCCCACUCUUGCUGUGGGCAACAGCUAGCAGCCCCAUAUAGGAAUAUGCAUCACCCUCUGCUUUAAGACACAGCCAGCCAGUUCAGUAGUCCCAGACCACCACCAUGGUGUGGUUAGGGAUGCACCUUCAGCCGCAGAUCUCUCUCUGCACAGUUUUUAAUGCGGACCACCUUUGCUGGUUCAGAGCAGAGAAAGUGCAGCUUUUGCUGGCAUGGAGAUAAAGCUCUAGGAAAAGCUUCCUUUAAUAUCUCACUCCAUGCCAGGCUACUGACAUGUUAAAGGCACAAGUGGCAAGUACACGGAAAACAUAGUAAUAAUUAAACUGUGCGCGGGUAAUUGGGAAAAGGUGGGAUAAGGAUUCAUAGCAAGGUCUUUCUGUCUCCCAAAGAUCCCAGUUUCCCUUUCUGGGGACUGUUGCCAGACACCAGAUAAUCACAUAGCUAAAGCUUUGUUAAUAAGGCUUAAGCCAAGAACCUUGCCUAGAUAUUUUUAGUUUGUUGCCAAGGUAGCACUGUGAGAAAUCUCACUUGAAUGUUAUGUAAGAGGUGAGACACAACAGUCUGACUAUGAGUGAAUAUGCCUGGGUCUGUUAGUCAUUUGGGGUGCUUUUGCUGCUGCUGCUACUGUUUGCCUCAAACGCUGUGUUUAAACAACGUUGGUUUUUGUUCUUUUUUUAAAAAAACUUACUAGCCUACAGAGUGGCUGUAUGUAAAUAGUUGUUAAUAUAUCCAAUUAAUGAUGUCCAACAUGCUAUUUUUGUAGGGAGAAGAUGUGUGUGAAAGGUAUUUUGAGUUAAAAUAUCUCUUUGGAGGAGGAAUUGCUGAAAAAAUGCACUUUUGUUACAACGCUUAUGCUUGUUACAGGCUUAUGCUGUCUUAAAUUAUUUUAAAAGAAUAAAUACUGUUGUCAAGAAACCAGCUGUUUUAAGAACAGUUUAGUAUGUGAGAUAUUAGGAAUCAAUCUCUAUAUUUGGUAUUUUCCAGCACUCCAUGAAUUCUACUAUCUGAAUAUUUCCACAAUAUUUUGUGAUUUAAACAAACAAAAACCCGUUCUUACUAAAGAAUAAAAAAACUUUAAUACACAA